AUGGCUGCCGUUAGGAUGGGGAGGCAGACAGCCGUGCUUGCAGGUCUGGUAUGUGCAUCUGUAAGUCGGCAUGCAGUCAAAGAAGAGUCAAAAAAGCAGCCAGUGAAACCAGAGCAGUUCCCCAUGUACAGGGCACCACCUCUUCAGACUAAAUACGUUGAAGAGCAGUCUGGUCAUUUACAAAAGGGUUUUGCAUCCGUCCGCACUACAACUGGCUGGUGCAACGGUAUUUACGUCUUUGUGAAAAAUGGGAUAACGGGUACAGUACCGUUUGGAAAAGAUGCAUAUGUCUACCUGAAGACUCCACCUCGCAACUUUCAUCCAAAAAUUGGAGUGGCUACGGUUUCAGGAUUGGCAGGCUCGGUUUCAGCCAGAAAAGGUUCGAGGUUUAAGAAAAUUGCUUAUCCACUGGGACUGGCCACGAUAGGAGCAACUGUUUUGCCCAGUCAGUCAGUACUAAUUGCAAAAGUAACUGGAAAUCAGGCCUGUGCUACAAGCCAGCAAAUUCAUGAAGCAGUCAGAUCACUGUGGGCAAAACACAGCCAGGGAGAGUCAUUUCCUGAGCCUAAAGAUAAAGCUAAGCUAGCAAGCUCUACGGAAAUAGAAGCACCUGCAAAGACAGCUCUUGACCUGAAACCCUCAGUGCCUUUGGCAACAGAGCUUAGCUACAAGACAAAGACCAACUCAGAAUCCACCUGGGAUACCAUACAGUUUGUGCCUGACCCCGAGCUCCUGGGUCACAGGUCCAGCUCUAGAAGCUGAAAUAGUCUGCCUAGCGAACUACAAGGUGCAAAUGAUGAUGAAAAAUCACGCGAUGGGUAACACUGAUGCACAGAGUAUAUAUAACCUAAACUAGGUUUUCCCCUUACAACGUCCAAUAGUCAGUCUGACCAGUCCCAUAAAUGACUAAAACACAGACUGUGAAUACAAUCCAAACGAUACUAAAAAGUUGAUGAGGAAGCAGAGGCGGAUGUAUUAGGAUGCAUCUGAAUUUCAAGAGUGCUUAUAAAAAAUAAAAGUGUGUAAAUACAUGAACACCAGUGAGACUAAAAUCUGAAAAAAUAUGUAUGUGCAUACGUAUAAAUAUUUAUUCAUCUA